AUGCCCAGCAAGAUCGGUAAAACAAGACCCAACCAUGGAUCCAAUCAUGGACCCAAGCACUCUAGCUCACUUCAAUCAUUAAGCGACUACAUUGCUUCUGCUAGUUCAUCUGUAGAUAAUGAGCCCAAUUUGACAAAUAAUCUCAACCCUACUCACAAUUGCUCUACUAGUGUUGACACUAGAUUGUACCCAACUAUUGAUCCAAUAGCUGAUGAAGAAUUGGCCGCUAAAACUAAUAGUAUGAGCAUGAGUAACCAAGACAACAUUGAAUUGUUGGAUAAUGAGCUGACUAAUAACCUCAACAUACAAGACAUGUCAGUUGAUGAAAUUGUUGGUAAAACUUUUCUCAAACACAAUAAUGCUAAACUAGAUACAAACAGAACUCUUCUUGACACUGAUCAGAUUUUAGAAAUUGUAUCUGUUAUUGCUAGCCCACACAACCCUAUGACCUUAAAUUUCCAACAUGUUGUAAAAGCCACUCUCAGAAUACUCUCUGAUGACAUUAAAUACGAAAUCACCACAGAAAGAAAGGCUUUUAAAAACCAUAAAGACAGAAAACAUGUUUGGGAGUUAUGGAAGGAAAGAAUGAAGAAUAUUAACAAACUAUUAUCUGAGAACAAGAAAAGUAGUAAUGUCCAACAAGACAAUGAAGAAUUCAACAUCAAUGACAUAGCAGUGAAGGAAAUCACUCCUCCCAGAUAUAUUGCUGUUAGAUAUAGCAAAAUAUUUGAAGAGAAUGAGGUAAUUGAAUUAAUUAAGGACAAACUUAGUGGCAAAUAUGUCACCAUCAAUCCGAUUAUUAAGCUCAAUAAUACCAUAAUUGUCACUAUUGAAGAUUGCGCUCAAGUAGAACAGGCAGUUGAAACAUUACGUACAAAAUUUAAAGAAGUCAAUAUCACUUCAUCAUGUGAAAACGACACCAACAAAAUUAUACGUGUCCAUAAUAUUCCAAUAGGAGAACUAUGGAAAACUACAGUCAAGGCAGAUUGGAGGAAUGCUAUUGAAAGCGAUACUGGUGAACCCAUUGUUGAAAUUGCUACAGCUAGAAUUGGUAAAGAAAUGGCAGCAGUGAUCACUGUCAAAAGUAUGAAAGCCAGAAAUAAUCUAUGUAAGACAAAAACAUAUGAUAUCACUAUUCCUAGAACAGAGGAAACAGUCACUAUGAAAAUCGACAUACCAUUCAACUAUGCAAUGGAUGUACAAUACUCUGACAUCAUUGGUAGAUGGCCUGAAAGAAAUGAUUUGAUUAGAGCUAGAAUACAAACGGAAUCCUCUCUUGCCAGAAAAUACAAUAAUGACCAACCUGUAUCCAUACUUAUCAUCAAUCAAGAGAAGAGAAUAUGUUUGAUUAGACUCAACAAUCUAUCUAAUGCCAUCAGAUUGGUAAACCAUGCUGCAUAUGGAAUGAAUGAAUGGACAUUGGAUUUUGCUCUCAAUUAUCCAAUGCUAGAAGAUUUCCUGGAAAAGAAACCUGAUACAGUUCACAAAAUUUCACAAAAUUUAGGCAGAUCUUCUAAAAUUGCAGCGAAAGACGUUUCCUUUACUCUUGAAAAAGUGCAACAAGAUCACCUAAAAGAAAUCAAGAGAAUUGAAGCUUCUAUGGAUAAAAGAAUUGCAGAACUUGAGGCAAGACAGAAUCAGAAAUUGGCUAUGGGAUUUAAGGAAAUGGCUAAUAUUAUCAGAGCAAAUAAUGAAGAAUUAAUGAUUACCAAUAGAAUUGCUACUCUAACAUUUCUGUCUGGUUGUACAAAAGAUAAUACCAAGAGGAAGAUAUAUCAAGAGGAAAUUGAUGAGUGUCACAAAAAGCUAAAACUACUUGAUUCACUUCAGUAG